UCAGCGCAAGCAAGAGGCAUCGAUCCCAAGAAAAAGCCUCUUGCUUACACUAUCAAAUACCGAUCCAAGGGAAAGAGAAAUCCAUCAAUGGCGGCGAGAGCCAUGUCCGGCAGCAGCAUCCUCCUGGCCACUGCGGUGGCAGCGGCCCUGCUGGUGGCGUCGGCGUCGGCGCAGUCCGGGUGCACGGCGGCGCUCGUCGGGCUGUACCCGUGCAUGAACUACAUCAGCGGCAACGACACGGCGCCCACAAAGUCCUGCUGCUCGCAGCUCGGCUCCGUGGUGCAGUCCCAGCCACAGUGCCUCUGCAGCGCGCUC